AUCGGCAGCACGCUUCUGAAGUUAUUGCAGCCCAAUUCCGCAAAUGUUGCGUGCCUAAAAAUGUUUGAUUUGUCCGCUGUGGAUGUGCUUUGCUGAUCGCGAUGGGUUUGGCUUUCCGACACUCCAAGAGGACAUGGAGGAUGGUCAGCCUCUCACCGCAUCUACCACAGGUUGGAGGUUCACUUCCAGUCGGACAGCCGCCGGAGGUCGUUGUGACGCUGCCCCGAUGCACCACUUCGGCAAAGCUUUUCUUUGGCAGGACGGGCACGACUGCGAGUAUGCGGCGUGCUCCCCUUCACAGUUUACACAAUGGAGAGUGUUCACGCAAGCUUCAGAAGUAUGUUCGUGGGCACUACACUUCGCACAGGUUUGACUCCCUCGGCAGCUUUGCGAACUGUGGCCAAAACGUUGGCAUUUGAAACAUCUGAGGGGAUUUGGCACAUAUGGCCUAACACGGAGCUUGAUGACCCGGCCUCUACAGACUCGGGCAGAAUACUUGAGCCGAAAGUCAAUAUAAGGUGUUUGGUCUUGAUUUCUUUGCUGUCACGCCUGAUCUUAAUUCUUUUAACAUUGAUAACAUUCUGGUCACUGAAGCCCUCCAAGAGUUCAUCCUCAGUGAGCUCCAGCAAGUCAUCGUCCGAGACAACAACGCGGCUUGUGUUCAUCAUACGGUGCGGGGUUACAAUUACUUGGGUUUCCCCAAAUGAUAUUAGUUUUGUCAAUUUCUCAUAAUGUUUCUGAUCGCGGAGUUCCAAGAGGAGAUCGCUUGCCAUCCUCGACGCCUUAUGACCUGGACCAAAGACUUCAGUCAAUGUCUUAGAAACAAGGAAUGGUGAGAUUGUUCGAACUGGUUUAGCUGGUUUUUCAGAGUGGAUCACGUGAAAACGAGGGAAAGAUUCUUUUUGCCGACCAAAAAACUGGAAUACAUCAUCGGUGCGCCCUCUUUUCUGAGGGCGAUCAGGAAGUGGACGGCAGUGUCCGGGGCCUCACUGCCUCUCCGCACGGGCAGCAAGUGAACUCUGCACUCCGCAAUGCCGGCAUCUCUUGAGGACAAAUGAAUACAACAUGCGCUAAGAAACCUCUUCUGUCAUGCCUAGGCAGUCUUACAUUCAAGAAGCAAAAGCCCCAGAUUUUCUCUCUCACGCCCGCUCUUACCCACGCCGGUGCACAAAUGGCUGGCGAUCCCUCAAAUUAACGUCUCGUACCCAAGUGUGCGAUAACAGAGAGGAGCUGUUCCCAGAGAUCACGUCCCGUUUCAACAUGUACAAGCCACGUUGCACGGUCUGUGCAUGCGCGGACGCGCAGACAGUGCGUACGUGUGGUCUGGGCUUAAGAGCGUGCAUAGUCUUCCAACAUGUCGCGUGCAUCUGGUUGAUUGUGGCAUAUUCGCAACCACUGUCAUCAGCUCAUUUUAUCCAUGUUAACAGCCCUUUUGAUCGAGUUAUUUUACAGUUCUUUAUUUUGUAAAGCUUGAUGCCCAGGUGCCAGAUGUUUAGAAAAUUGUACCGCAAAAAUUUUAGGACCUCGAAAGCUUGCAAAACGCGUUUCUACGGAGCUUCGCAGUUACCUAGAUUGGGACAUACGCUUGUGUGGCACAUCACGACACACCUGUGGUUGGUGUCACCUGAGUGACACCUUAAUAGAGUUCCAGGCUAUACAUACAAUAAUAACACGUUACAUAUAUAUGUUACGUAUCGACAAUGUUCAGACAUGACUUGCCUCCCAUUUCGAUCGUAGGCAUAGCUGCGGGAGCGCCUCUAGGCCCGUCGCCGUUUGAUAUUGUGGCUAUAUCAAAGCUAGACGCUUAGUGAUGACACGCUAUGAAGUUUGCCAAUCCAAACAACUUGUUGAGACCUCUCAGGAAAGUGCAAAAUCUUUCCGCUUGUCAACAGUGUUGUUUGCCGUGCACCUUCCAGUGCGAUCCCACAUACCAGCAUGGCGUUGGACGAUAGACGGCGCUGUGAUUGUAAAAUGGUGCUGCCCUGUUGUGCCAUUACCACCAGCCCGGAUUCCGAAUCUGCAAGAUGCAGAAUUUAUCCUGUGAGCGCCCAAAUUCUCCCUUGACAAGUCAAGAUGCUGAGCCGUCAGGCAGCGGUGUCCUGCGGAGAAGCAUCGGCGGGCAACAUGUUCAAACGUGUCACCGUGUGCCAGACAGCCCAGCGCCGCACCUCCUUUUGCCUGGAGGUCACCGCGCGCGCAAACUUUGAACCGGGUGGCCAGCGCGGUCGCUGGUUGAACCUCUCGGACGACCGUCGAGUGCUGACUUUGUAUUGGGCCGUUUGAGUGACAAUGGUUCUCGGGGAGUAUAAAGCUGCAAGUUGGCCGCCUCUAAAACCGGAUCCGCCGACCCACCGGGAGCAGAGUGCCGCUCUCGACUGGGGUGAGAUGUGUCACGCGUUUUCGCCGGACGUCGCCGUGCGGGAACAGUCGCGUUUGUGUGAGCUCUCGGCCCUAGUGCCAAUCCGAUCUUGUCCUGUACAAUGACCUGUAUAUAGUGUAUAAAGUCCCUUUUGUUAUUCUCAUCGA